UUCCGUAGCGUUAUAUUAGGUAGUUUUGCACAUCGGCGGUCGACUCGGGCCGCGGGCGGCCGAUACCUACCUAGAUAGCAAUAAUAAAAUGUGGAACGAUGUUCCGAUGCGACGCUUGGUAGUAAUACUACUUAAAAAAUUGUGAUACUUUGAAAAUUGUGAUAUUUAUUAGUCAAUAUUAAGUAUAUAUCAAACGGGAUACACAUAGUUCUCACGGUUCCGUUUUUUUAUUAGAUUCUGUGUCUGAUCGGAACAGUUUGUUUCAAUUGUCCAGUGCGUACACACCGUCUGAGCGAGUUGGGGCAGGGGGAAGAGGAUACGAUACGGCAUACGCUAUCCAGACCUCUCUGCGACGCGUCGCGUGCCGAAAUACAUUUUAUGCUCCCGAGUUGUAAAGAGUUUUUAGGCCCGCGCAAUAGUGCUCCAACAUCGAGUUUAGCUUCAGUAAUUAUUAGCGAUCGUUAGGUAGUUGUGAAGAUCCACCCAUAAAUAUACAAACAACACACAGCAGAGCUCCGAUUCAGCAAGCAUUGAAGACAUCUGAGGAUCUAGUGUAGUUUAUUUCUAAUUAGUUUUGUUUUGCAACACAAGUGUUAUUUUGGUGUUAAAAAUCAGUGAACCUCCAGAGACUACCAGUGUCAACUGUAUUCAGAUGCAAAGACAAAGAUGUGAUUUUGAUUUGAAAAGUAUUCUCAUUUGAAAAGGAAGCUUUUGACACCACUAACACUUUUUUUCUGUGAUAUAUUGGUACAUAAUACUGAGAUUUUCGACUUAUAUACAAAGAGAGAUACUGUCAAAAUGUCAAGCAAUCCUCAGUGGAAGAUGUUCCAGCCGCCAGAUUCACACUCCUCCCCUCUACAGGACAUUUUAGAUCUCCAGCAAUCAAAUAUGCAGGUCAAACAAGUUUAUCGUAAUGGUACUUUCAGCAGUGAGUACCCCAGCUCUCCAAGAGAUAACUUCAAUAACAUGAACAAGUCAAAUGCCGGGAACAGAUUCACUCUUGGCAAUUACAACCUAGAUUCAUGCCCAAUGGGAGACUCAGUCGGAGUUUAUUCAUCUAGUUCGACCAACAGUCAACCCCAGUAUGACUCUACAAAUCACCCACCUAUAAGGGAAACAGGGAUUAUUGAAAAAUUACUUCAUUCCUACGGCUUCAUUCAGUGUUGCGAGAGGCAGGCCCGCCUAUUCUUCCACUUCAGUCAAUUCGGCGGAAAUAUAGACCAUCUAAAGAUCGGAGAUCCUGUCGAGUUCGAAAUGACGUAUGACCGCCGCACUGGCAAACCGAUCGCUUCGUCUGUCACCAAGAUAGCCCCCGAGGUGGUGCUCAGUGAGGCCCGGGUCACCGGUGUCGUUACCACGGAGGUGAAGGGCGAGGGCUCUGGCGAUAACACCGGGAGGAUCUCGUAUGAGAAUAGAGGCGAAUGUUUCUUCUUGCCGUACACGAAGGACGAUGUUGAGGGCAACGUGACUCUUCGUACCGGCGAUGCUGUGAGCUUUCAGAUUGCAACCAACCAAAGAGGCACAUUAGGAGCUUGCCACGUACGUUUCGAAAACCCCGCCCACCCAGUGAAGUACCACGGCGUCGUAUGCUCCAAGAAGGAGAACUUUGGCUUCAUUGAACGCGCCGAUGUCGUCAAAGAAAUAUUCUUCCACUACUCAGAGGCUAAAGUCAAAGAAGAAUUGUCUUUGGGCGACGACGUCGAGUUCAUCAUUCAAACCAGAAAUGGCAAGGAAGUGGCGUGCAACAUUACCAAACUACCGUGCGGCUCAGUUGUGUUCGAGGAUGUCAGCCCCGAAAUAAUGCGCGGUCAAGUGCUGAAACCUCUUGAGCGCGGCAACAUGGUGCGGGUUGCGCAGAACGAUCCGCUGCCGGGUCGCAUCCGGUACCGGGCGGCUGAUCAUUCAGAAGUUGAGGUGCCUUUCGGUGACAAAGAUCAGUGCGGCGAGUUCACCCUACGCCAUGGAGAUUGGGUGCAGUUCCAAGUUGCCACAGACAGGCGCGAUCAGUUGAAACGAGCGACAAACAUAUCUCUGCUUGAUGAGUCCUUCAAUGUAUCUGGAGAAAGGAGGGAGCGAGGCGUGGUCAACACCUUGCGCGAAGGCUUUGGUUUCAUACGUUGUGUAGAGCGUGAGCAAAGGAUGAUAUUCCAAUUCGAGGAAGUGCUACGUUUGGGACAGGAGCUAAGCGUUGGUGAUGAGGUGGAGUUCACGGUAGACCCAGUGACAACAUUUUCUAACAUGAACACACGCCAGACCGCCAUACGUAUCAAGCAUCUGCCCCAGGGGACGGUGCAGUUUGAAACUCUGCUGGAACGCGGUGUGCGAGGUGUCGUCUCUAAGGAGGCUCCGCCUUACACCUCUUCCAACUCCAGCCCUACCCGAAGCUCUCCCACCGAACACGGAAUAAUAACUUGCCAAAUCAACAACGUGAAGAAGUCCAUUUCAUAUACCGCCAAGAAAUGCGAGUCCAAAAUGUUACCCCGAGUCGGUGACAAAGUUAUUUUCGAUAUAUAUCAGGUGAAACCUACAAAGGAGCUGAUCGCGAUGGCUGUUCAAACCCAACACAGCCUUACCAAUGGCACUGCCAACGGGGCAUCGAACCUGCGCUCUAUCUUGAAGGGAUUCAUCGCCGCCCUUAAAGAUGGGUUUGGUUUCAUAGAGACCGUCGACCAUAAUAAGGAAGUCUUCUUCCAUUUCAGUAACCUCGAAGGGAACCCGGACAGUCUUGAGCUUGGCACCGAAGUGGAAUACGGUCUGGGUCGUACCAACGGUUCUGGGGGCGGGUGUGCUAGCGCGGAAUUCGUGCGGGUACUGCCCCGGGGGUCCAUACCGGUCGCAAAACCCUUGGAGCCGUCUAUCCACGGCACGGUCACACGCACACUGCGCGCGCUCAAUCCAGACCAAGCCAAGUAUUCAGGGGGAUGUCCUAGACGCAAGCGUACCUCAGGCCUUAUCCAAGUGGGAGGUGGCAUGUCAUACGAGUUUGGCAUAAUGGGCUUGGCAUGCAAGCGUGAGAUUCUGCAAGUGGGGGACCCCGUUACCUUCCAGUCUGACCAGGAAGGGCGCGCCACUAAUAUCGUGCCAAUAAGGAAGAAAAGGCGCGCGACCGUCGACGCUAUCAAAGGUGGUUUCGGUUUCCUGUCUGUAGAGGCGGAAGAGUCGAGGCGGCUGUUCUUCCACAUGUCCGAGGUUCGGGGCAAUUCCGCAGAAUUGCAGCCUGGUGACUCUGUCGAGUUUGUGAUGCUCACCAACCCGAGGAAUGGGAAAUCAUCCGCGUGCAAUGUCGUCAAAGUCGGAAGUAAGCCUGUGAAGGCGCGCUGCGAGCGACCGGAGCGACUGCUCGCGCGACUCCGCACCCUGUCGCUAGAAGACGCAUCGACGCCGCGUGUGGUGUUGGCGCGACCGCCGCGCGGACCCGACGGCAGCCGCGGGUUCAGACCGAGGCGGCCGCUAGCUGAACAACUGGGCGAGUGAGAUCCGAGCAACGAGGCCUGA